UAAUUUAGACUCUUUGGGAUCUUCCAUCCUUAUUUCUUCUAUAACUUGAUUUGAACAACCAAUCUCUGAUCUUCUUGCUGUCCAGGGUCGGAUCCAAAGUUUUUCUUUUCUAUUUAUUUCAUUUUAAGAAUUUCAUUUAGCUAAUCCAGAGCUAUUAUAUUGCAAUUUUGAGCAACUGACGUAAAUAUUGCCGUUUGUCGUCGUCGACGCUCCAUCGCUACGCGAAAUUACUGCGUAGAUUGACUGUACUGUCCUAUAUUUGAACGCCACUGUCCUACCCAACUGUUCUGCCUCACUGUCCUGCCCUCGUGUGAAACAGGCAUUAGAGAAGACGAUCAAGGAAAUCUAAAUUUCAAACUUUAAAAUACCUAGUUAUUGCACGGAGGUUGUAAUUAAUUUAAUAUGCAUUUUGAUUAUUUUUGACGUACAUUUUUUUACUAGCAUAAAUGUCAUUAUCACAAAUAUUUAAAGCAAUCGCCAUUGAGAUACUAUUAAAAGAUUUCUUGUUCAAUUUAAAUAUAGUUUGCUAGUUGAAGUCUCAAAAGCAAAAUGGAUGAAGAACAGAACAAAGCGUAUCUAUUCGAUGUAUCUAAAACCAUCAAACAUUUCUAUGAAACUCCCGUUAUAUUUGUGAAUAAAGAAGAUUAUUCUGACGUUAUUUUUAAUACUAUGUGCAGAAUACGCUCGGCCCUUCAAAGUGGAUCCAAAGAUGAAUUAAUUGAUGCCAUAGCAGAUUUUCAUUUAAAAUGGUUACAUACUAUCAAUGACUUAGAAACUUUCAAAAAGCAUAUUAGUGAACUUUCCAAGGAAGACAUGUAUGAAGCUAUUAGUUACACUAUAGAUGCAUUGGGACAUCGUUUAAAGUAUUAUCAAAGAUUCAUGGAAAAAAAUCGACCAAAAUUAUCUAAUAUUGAUCAGACCAAUUUGCUAGCUGAUAUGGAAAUAGUAGAAGAAAUGCACAAAGUUGUAACACUUAAUUUAUUAGAAAAACACAGAUGUUUCCAAAACUUCGUAGAUAAUGUUGAAUUUAAUAUUAAAGUCAAUGCUGCUAUAGAAGAACUUCUUCAUUGGUAUGAUAAAAUAAAUGAUGAACUUGCUUUUGUAUUAAGCAAAUAUAUGCCUGGUCAUAUGCCUCAUUUAAGCACAGAUCUAACAAAAACACUACAACAAAUCGUAGAUGAUAUGCAGGUUGAAGAUUCACAGUCGGCUCAAACAUUGAUAGAAGAACUGAAAAAAAGAGGCAAGAGCAUAAAUAGCAUGAUUAGAGGCGUUUCUACUCGUGAUCUGGAAAUAAGUAAAGUUGUAGAAAAAAUUGCUAUUUUGAAUGAUCGUAUAGCACGCUUAGAACAAGAACCCCUUUCUGCCGCAGUUGUAGCGUUGCAACAUAAAAAAGAUUUUUUGGAAAAAAGACUAGCAUCGCUAGAAAAUUUAAAAACUACCAUAAAAACCCUUCAUCGUAUGAGUAAAGUGGACAUUGAAAAUGAAACUGAAGAAGAAGUAUGCGCAUGUGAAGAUUUCUUUCAGUUCAAAAUUUUCAACCACUUAUUGCCUGCUCAAGAACGAGAACGAUUAACUACAGAAUUAUGUUAUUUAUGGGACUUGGCGGUCUUUGGAGAACGAAGUCAUAAAUCAAUAAUUUCAAUUCUCAGUGCAGCUGAUGCAAAAGAAGAAUUUAAUGAUGAACUGGGAAAUUUUUAUAUAGAUGAGCACAGUAGAAAAAUUUAUAAAUUGCCUGGUGAUGAAACACUAUACCAACCAAAUGAAAGUAACAAAUUGGUUCCUCUUACAGAUGAUGGCGAACAUAUUUAUUACUAUGAUGAGUGCGGGCGAUACUUUAUUGAUGAGAAGACCAGGCAAAGAAUAUAUAAAGCACAUGCAACUGCUAGUGAAUAUCUAAUGGAAACAUCAGGAGUGCUUUUAAAAAUCAAAGAAGAAAGAAAUGGCAAGACCUAUUAUUAUGACAACUAUGGACGUUAUUAUAUUAACUCCGAAGGACAACAUAUUUAUCGCGAAGAAGAUACCACAAGCGAAUAUGAAAACGAUGGCUUAGGAAAUCUGGUUCGGAUUCGAAGCCACUUAGAUUUUUUCGAACCAUGUCCAGAUGACGUCAAUGUGACGGAAGAGUUUAAAUACUUAAAACAUACCGUUGGCCCCGCUCUAAGGGAAAGUAUUGCUGAUACUAUUUUACAUCAACCAAUGGACCCAAUAAAAUAUUUGUCGUUACGUCUUAUUAAAUACAGAGAAAACUUAGAGCUCAGAGAUAAAAGAAACAGAGAAAAGGAUGAAUUAAAUAUUGAACGGGAAAUAUUAUUAGCGGAGGAAAAAGCAGCCGCAGAAAGAGCUGCAAUGGAAGCAGCAUUGUUAGCUCAGGGCGGUAGUGAAGCUAGCUAUGAUUCCAAUUUAUUGAACUAUACUUCUUUGCGAGAAGAUGAAGAGGUUUCUGCAGCUGCAAGCUCUAAAUAAAUUAAAACUGUUUUCUUUUCCGUAAUAUAAUUUCUAUAGAUGUUACUAUAAUGCCCGAUAUAUUUUUUUCUUAAUCUACUAUAUAAAAAUAAGUCGGGUUUUCCUUCCUGACGCUAUAACUCCAGAACGCACGAACCGAUUUCCACGGUUUUGCAUUCGUUGGAAAGGUCUCGGGCUCCGUGAGGUUUAUAGCAAAGAAAAUUCAGGAAAAAUUAAAAAAAAAUCUUCUUUUAAUCACCAAACGAAAUGUUACAUAAAACGAAGCCAUCUGGUGGCGAAACGGAGUUCGCCGCGUUUGCUAGUACCUAUUAU